UUUGACGUGACUGACAGGUGAGGCCAUCUCAGUGGGCCCAUCCCUCCGCCCUCCACUGAGCACCCCCUCGGUUGAAGGAAGCAAUUCCCCUUUCCUCUCUCUCUGCGUCCCUCCCUCUCUCACUCUACCUUGCCUCGCUCAUAUAUACGCCAUUGUGGCCACCCGGUAGACACCAUGGGCAUGGGGGCCCUGACCUAAUGUAGGGGAGGAGGAAGCCUACUGUUCCAUCUCUUGGAGUAGAAGGGCGGAAAGGCCCAUCACCUUCUCAUUUUCCAACCCCCCCUCGCCCCUACCAGAUUGGCGAAAUUCCGCGGCUAAUACGAUCAAUCGCCGGCCGCCUGAAGCCGCGGGCCCCACUGCUUGCUUUCUCUUCUUGGUUAUUGAUUUGGGGAUUUGGAGGGCCCGGCGGCUUGGUGGAUUCCGAAAGGGAGGACCUUUUCUUCGAUUUCUGUUUUUGAGGAGUGGAUCUUGUAUUAGCUUCUGUGUUAUUCACUGGAUGCUGGCAAUGGGAUCAGAAGAGUGGGAGCUGUAUCCUUCUUCUUACAUUGGUGCCCAGGUCAUAGAAUACAGACCGAUUACUGAAGACAGCGACAAUGAUUGGGAUGCAGAUGUGGCAGUGUCGCUGGACUCUGCUCUCCCUGAUGAUCUCUUGGAGAAGAUUCUUUCAUUCUUACCUGUUGCGAGUAUCAUAAGAUCUGGAUCUGUUUGCAAGAGGUGGCAAGAGAUUGUGCACGCCCAGAGGCAGAUAUGGAGCAAAAUGGUGCCUCAGAAGCCAUGGUACUUCAUGUUUACUUGCAGCGAGGAAUUGGUUUCAGGUUUUGUCUAUGAUCCGAGCUUCCGCAAGUGGUAUGGAUUCGACUUCCCUUGCAUUGAGAAGAGCAACUGGUCUACAUCCUCGUCGGCUGGGUUGGUGUGCCUGAUGGACAGUGAGAACAGGCGCCGCAUCAUGGUGUGCAACCCCAUCACUAAGGACUGGAAGAGGCUUAGUGAUGCUCCUUGUGGCAAAACAGCUGAUUACAGUGCUCUUGCCUUUUCCGUGGACAGGAGUUCUCAUCAAUACAAUGUGGCUGUUGCAAGGAGCAACCAGGUCCCAUCGGAGCAUUAUCAGUGGGAGUUUACCAUCCAUUUGUAUGAGUCGGUCACUGGUAAUUGGGUGACUCCCUUUACUGGAGUUUUGCUUGGAUGGAGAGGAGGUGACGAGUGUGUCAUCUGUGAUGGAGUCCUCUACUAUUUGGUGUACUCCACAGGAGUUUUGGUGAACAAUAAUGAACAUCGCCAUUGUCUUGUCAUGUAUGAUCUCGCUGCAAGACCGAACCGCACUUCUUUGAUGAGCAUGGCUAUACCAGUGCCAUGUGCUCUUACAUGUGGUCGGUUGAUGAACCUAAGUGAGAGGCUCGUGCUGGUAGGUGGCAUUGGCAAGCUAGAUAGACCUGGUAUCAUCAAGGGAAUUGGCAUUUGGGAACUCCAUAACAAGGUGUGGAAUGAGGUUGCUCGAAUGCCUCCCAAGUUUUUUCAAGGAUUUGGUGAGUUCGAUGACGUUUUUGCAAGCUGCGGGGCGGAUGAUCUUAUCUACAUCCAGAGCUAUGGGUCGCCAGCUCUUCUCACCUUUGAAAUAAACCAGAAGCUGUGGAAGUGGUCGGUAAAGAGCCCUUUGACGAAGAGCAAUUGCUAAGAUACAUGAUACAUCUGAGCUGCGAAGCUAGCCUUUGUUGUUGGACCAGUACUUGAUGCAGAGUACUUGCUGUGAAACUUGGAGCCAUUUAUGAACAGCAGAGCCUUUUAAUGGUCACUUCCUCCUCUCCUUUGUACAAAUAAAAUCUUUAUUAGUCAAAACACCGAGUCACCGAAGUGUUUAGUUUCGCUUUCUUGUAUGUUAAUCUCCAGCUAUUUUAUUAAUAGAAAAAAUGCAAAUGGAGACAGUUAACUAAAACUUGCCUAUGGAACUGAACAGUGUACAAUAUCUGGCUUUUAAUCUGUUAAAUUGUGUGAAUUUGUUGUCUUUUGCUUUACUGUACUAAGCCUGCUUCAGUUUCUUCCAAAUCAUUUGCAGCCAAUGCUGUAACUGUAAUGCCUAAUGUUCUCUUAUCAUACUUCUGAAA